AUGACCAGUUCAAGCACCACCACCCCAAACCAUGCAACCCAUGUCUUGGUGUUCCCAUACCCAGCACAGGGUCACAUGAUCCCUCUCCUCGACCUCACCCACCAACUCGCCAACCGCGGCCUCACCAUCACCAUUCUCGUCACCCCCAAAAACCUCCCUUUUCUCCAACCUCUCCUCUCCACCCACAACCACCCUAAUAAUUCCAUCCAAACCCUCGUCCUCCCUCUCCCCUCCCACCCCUCCCUCCCCGCCGGCUUCGAGAACGUCAAGGACCUCCCCGUCCACUCCUUCCUCGCCAUGAUGUGCGCCUUGGGCCAACUCCACCACCCUCUCCUCCGUUGGUUCACCUCCCACCCCAACCCUCCCGUCGCCAUCAUCUCCGACAUGUUCUUGGGCUGGGCCCACCGCCUCGCUACCCAGCUCGGCAUUCAGAGGCUCGUCUUCUCCCCCUCCGGCGCCUUGGCCCUCUCCGUCAUCGACUCGCUCUGGCACCGCCUCCUCAAACGAGACGACCCCAACGACCAAAACCAGGUCUUCUCGUUCCCCGAAAUUCCGAAUUCCCCGAAAUACCCCUGGUGGCAGCUCUCCACCGUCUACCGCUCCUACGUCGAGGGAGACCCAGAUUCGGAAUUCAUCAAGGACGGCUUCGACGCCAACAGGGCCAGCUGGGGACUCGUCGUCAACUCGUUCACCGAGUUGGAGCGAGUUUAUCUCGAGCAUCUCAAGAAUGAGCUGGGCCACGAUCGCGUGUGGGCCGUUGGACCGCUGCUCCCACCGGAUGAUAAUGACCUAUCUGGGCCCGCACAGAGGGGCGGGUCCAGCUCGGUUUCCGUAGACCGCAUCAAGUCGUGGCUGGACGCGUGCGUAGAGGAUCACAAGGUGGUGUACGUGUGCUUCGGGACUCAAGCCGUGUUGACCAAUCGCCAGAUGGAGGCGCUGGCGUCGGGAUUGGAGAAGAGCGGAGUCCGCUUCGUGUGGUCGGUGAAGGGCCCCACGAAGGGACACGCGGAGGGAGAUUACGGCGCUGUCCCUCCCGGGUUCGACGAUCGAGUGGCGGGGAGGGGCCUGGUGAUAAGAGGGUGGGCACCGCAGGUCUUUAUCUUGAGGCACCGAGCGGUGGGGUCGUUCUUGACUCACUGCGGGUGGAACUCGGUGCUUGAGGCGGUGGUGGCGGGUGUGCCGAUGCUGGCGUGGCCCAUGGGGGCUGACCAAUUCAGCAACGCCACGUUGCUGGUGGACCAGCUGAAGGUGGGGGUCAGGGUGUGCGAGGGGGCGGGAAGCGUGCCUGACUCGGACGAGUUGGCCCGAGUGGUGGCGGAAUCGGUGAGUGAGAAGCGGGUCGAGAGGGAGCGAGCCGUGGAGUUGCGUGAAGCGGCACUCGAGGCCAUCAAAGAAGGCGGGAGCUCGGUGAAGGAGUUGGAUAGUUUGGUGGAUCGUCUUUCUGCGUUGGAAAUACCGGCAGGCAGUAAAAAUUUGCAAUCGAUGCGAAAUGGAAAUUAA